UCGAACUGUGCUGCCCGGCUGCAGGCGGCGGGAACAGCGGCUCCCGGGCGGAGCGAGCCGGUGGCUGCCUCGUCCCGAGCGGAGCGCUGGGGAGGCCGGAGUCAUGACGGACGAGGUGGGUUCCGAGGUUCAUCUAGAAAUCCAUGUUCCAGCAGUCAGUUCACAAGAAGAAGCAGACAGUCCUUUAGAUAGUGGACAGGGCAGCUCUGAAACAACUGGGCCUUUGAGUGAAGAAGAUUCAGAUGAAGAGAUAUUUGUAAGUAAGAAAUUGAAAACCAGGAAGGCACUACAAGACAGUGAUUUUGAAACGGAUGACAUACAUGCCUCUCCAGAGAAAACUACCUAUGACAGUGCUGAGGAGGAAAAUAAAGAGAACUUAUAUGCUGGGAAAAAAGCAAAGAUUAAAAGGAUUUACAAAACUCCGGCAGACAGUGAUGAAAGUGACAUAGAGAAGUCUCGGUGUCAGGAAAAUUUUGAAACUCACACAACACCUCGCUUAGAGCUGAGUCUCCAGCCUGGAAACUCUCUGGACUUUACCCCUAACAGAAAGAGUUCCAAAAAACCCAUCCAUGAUAAAGAAGGAACUGGAGGAAAAGCAAAAGUGAAAUCAAAGAGAAGACUUGAGAAGGAGGAGAGAAAAAUGGAAAAAAUUAGGCAGCUAAAGAAGAAGGAAACAAAAAAGGAGGAAGAGAUUGUGGAGCAGCCAUUUAACGACAGUGGCUGUCUUCUUGUGGAUAAAGACCUUUUUGAAACUGGGUUGGAGGAGGAGACUAACUCUUCAUUGGAAGAUGAAGAGUCAUUAGAAUCAAUAAGGGCAGCUGUGAAAAACAAAGUUAAAAAGCACAAGAAAAAGGAACUAUCUUUGGAGAGUGGGAUAUAUUCAUUUGAAGAAGAAAGUGAGUUAUCAAAAGCCACUGUUAAGAAGGAAAGAAAGGCAGCCAAGUUAAGCAAGGAAGAGCUAAAAAAACUGCAUAGUGAGACUCAGCGCCUUAUCCGAGAGUCUGCACUUAAUCUUCCAUAUCAUAUGCCUGAGAAUAAAACCAUUCAUGAUUUCUUCAAACGUAAGCCCCGGCCCACUUGUCAGGGAAAUGCCAUGGCACUACUAAAGUCAUCUAAAUAUCAGUCAAGCCAUCACAAAGAAAUCAUAGACACUGCAAGUACAACUGAAGUGAACAGUGACCAUAGCAAAGGUUCUGAACAGACAAUAGGUACAGAAAAUGAAGCGGAAAUUAAUGCACUACCUGGGGAUUCAAAGGAACCCCAGAUCAGUACUGGAUCAGAUGAGUCUUGUGGUAAGGAUUUGGUGAGAAAUGAAGAACUAGAACUUCAGGAGAAACAGAAACAGAGUGAUGCUAGACCUUCACCUGGUGACAGCUCAGUAUUGCUGCAGGAAUCGAGCUUCAGGAACAAGCACAGUGAGGAGUGUCAGGCUGGAGGACUUGUGGCAUCUGAACCUCAUGCCCUGGAGGGUGAAGAAGGCCUGGAGAAAAAAGAAGAAAGGAAUGAGACAGUGGAGGAGCCCAGGCAGCAAAGUAAAUCAUUAGCAGCUGUGCCACCUGAGAAAGGGAGAAGGUUUACUCUGGAUAGACUGAAGCAACUGGGAGUAGAUGUUUCCAUAAAACCUCGGCUGGGUGCUGAUGAAGAUUCCUUUGUGAUACUUGACGAACCUGAAACAAACAAAGAACUGGAAGCCUUGAAGCAGCGUUUCUGGAAGCAUGCUAAUCCAGCAGCCAAACCCAGGGCUGGUCAGACCCUAAAUGUGAACGUCAUAGUGAAAAACGUGGGCACCGAUGGAAAGGAAGAGCUAAAGGCAGAUGUGGUACCUGUGACUUUGGCAGCUGAGAAGCUAGAUGGAGCAAGCCACACAAAACCAGGUGAAAAGCUUCAGGUGCUGAAAGCUAAACUGCAAGAAGCAAUGAAACUCCGAAGGUUUGAGGAACGCCAGAAGCGCCAAGCUCUAUUUAAAUUAGACAAUGAAGAUGGGUUUGAGGAAGAAGAUGAAGAAGAGGAUGAAAUGACUGAUGAAUCUGAGGAAGAUGGAGAAGAGGAGCGAGAGAAAGAGGAGGUGGAAGAAGAACUUGAAGAGGAGGAAGAAGAUGAGGGCAACCAGGAGGUUGCAGAAUUUCUUCUUAGUAGUGAAGAAAUAGAAAUCAAAGAUGAAAAGGAAAUGGAUAAAGAAAAUAAUGAUGGCAGUAGUGAAACUGGCAAGUCAGUUGGCUUUCUCUCUGUUCCCAAGACUCUCUCAUCAGAUUCCACCCUACUUCUGUUUAAGGACAGUUCUUCCAAGAUGGGUUACUUUCCUACUGAAGAAAAACCAGACACAGAUGAAAACUCAGGCAAACAGCCUAGCAAACUGGAUGAAGAUGAUUUAUGUUCAUUGCUAACAAAGGAGAGCAGCCACAAUAGCAGCUUUGAGCUGAUUGGCUCCACGAUCCCGUCCUACCAGCCUUGCAACAGACAAACAGGCCGUGGGACCAGUUUUUUCCCUACAGCAGGAGGAUUCAGAUCUCCUUCCCCAGGGCUAUUUCGAGCCAGUUUGAUCAGCUCAGCUUCUAAGAGUUCAGGGAAACUGUCUGAGCCUUCACUUCCCAUAGAGGAUUCCCAGGAUCUUUAUAACACCUCCCCAGAGCCUAAGACACUUUUCCUAGGAGCAGGAGACUUCCAGUUCUGUUUAGAAGAUGACACUCAUAGCCAACUGUUGGAUGCAGAUGGGUUCUUAAAUGUUGGAAACCACAGGGAUCAGUACCAAGCUUUGAAGCCUCGAUUGCCACUGGCCAGCAUGGACGAGAAUGCCAUGGAUGCCAACAUGGAUGAGCUGUUGGAUCUGUGCACUGGAAAGUUUACAUCUCAGGCUGAAAAAUGUCCACCCGGGAAGAGUGACAAGAAAGAGAACAUGGAGGAACUUCUGAAUCUUUGUUCGGGAAAAUUCACUUCUCAGGAUGCCUCCACCCUGGCUCCAUCAGAGCUAAGCAAGCAGGAGAAGGAGAGCAGCAUAAGUGAUCCAAUGGAAGAAGCACUUGCUCUUUGCUCAGGUUCUUUUCCAACAGACCGGGAAGAAGAAGGUGAAGAAGAGGAACUUGGAGACUUUCGGCUGGUUCCGAAUGAUAAUGAGUUUGAUAAUGGUGAGGAUGAACACAGUGACUCUGGUAAUGAAGAUCUGGAACUGGAAGGCCAGGAGGAGGAGGAUGAAGAAGAACUCCUGAGGCAAUCUGAGAAGUUGAGAAGGCAAAUGAGGUUGAAGAAAUACUUGGAGGAUGAGGCAGAGGUGUCAGGAAGUGAUGUGGGGAGUGAAGAUGAAUACGAUGGGGAAGAGCUUGAUGAAUAUGAAGAGGACGUAAUUGACGAAGUACUUCCUUCUGAUGAGGAACUGCAGAGUCAAAUCAAGAAAAUACAUAUGAAAACCAUGUUGGAUGAUGAUAAACGACAGCUACGUUUAUACCAAGAAAGGUAUCUUGCUGACGGGGAUCUGCACAGUGAUGGUCCUGGGCGAAUGAGGAAAUUCCGAUGGAAAAACAUAGAUGAUGCUUCCCAGAUGGAUUUGUUCCACAGAGACUCUGAUGAUGAUCAGAUCGAAGAACAGCUUGAGGAGACAGAAGCCAGGUGGAGGAAGGAGCGAAUUGAACGGGAGCAGUGGCUUCGGGACCAGGCACAGCAGGGGAAAAUUACAACUGAAGAAGAAGAAGAAAUUGGGGAAGACAGUCAGUUCAUGAUGAUAGCCAAAAAAGUUACAGCCAAAGCACUGCAGAAGAAUGCCAGUCGCCCUGUGGUUAUUCAGGAAUCAAAGUCUUUACUCGGAAACCCUUUUGAGGCCAUCAGACAAGGAGGUACUCAUCAGCUGAAAACAGGUUCAUUGCUAAACCAGCCCAAAGCUGUGCUUCAGAAACUGGCUACCCUCUCUGACCUCAAUCCUAGUGCUCCCCGAAAUUCAAGAAAUUUUGUCUUUCAUACACUUUCUCCUGUCAAGGCUGAGGUGGCAAAGGAAUCGUCUAAGCCUCAGGUAAGAAGAAGGGGUCCAUCUUUAAUGACAUCUCCUUCACCUAAGCGCCUCAAAACAGAUGAAAGCACUUCAGGAUUGAAACAAAGCAUCUUCCAGUACUUGGAAAGCUAACACCACCAAGGGGGCCAGCAUCUAAGCUGAGACUGCUUUGAGAAGUUUCUGGCACUGAAAGUUGGAAUUGAUGUGCACACUGAUCUCUCUCCUUUCAUAGUCAAUGCAUUAAGAUUGUGCACAGAGAUUCCAGUUCUUUCUGUCACAGUGCUUUGGACGUCUCUUUCUUUGCUAGUAUUAUUUCCUGGGUUGGCCACUAAUUGUAAUUCUGCAGUGUUUACAACAUCAGCUCACGGAAUACUCGGGUGAAGUCUCCCUUCCUCCAUUAAACAUUUGACAUUUUAUGUGAGCGUCUUCCUGGAUUGAUACCUCCUUAUGAUAGAGUUGGCCAGAGGAAGAGGAUGGAAAAGUGUGACGUUAUAGAAGAUUACAGAGAACAGUGAAAGUCAGGACAAUAAUGACUUCUUCACAUCCAUAAGAUCUGUACCAUAGUGACCAGGACUCAGUGAAGGGGAGACUUCUUAAAUGGAGGACCUAGGAACCAACAAAUGGACUGCUAACAUUAGUCUUGCCUUUUCUAUUUUCCUGUAUACUUUCUCCUGAGGCAGCCUCAAAUUCCUAAUUAAAUUUUGCUGCUUAAUAAGGAGUUAAACUUGUACCCAAGUUAGAAAGACCUUAACCCUGAUUUUGUGGAGCAUGGAAAUGAAGAGAAAGGGUUACACUCAGUGUCCACUUAGUCUGUUGAGCCAGAGAGGCCUUUCCUGGGACUAACCUCUCAAUCUGAAGCACUGUUGGUAAAGAACCUCCCUUCUCAGUCUGGCAAGAAGAAAUAUAACCAUUAUUUAUUGCAUUCUCCUGGCUUAGGUACAUUGCCUCG